CUAUAAAUACCCACUUUGUAACCCUAUCUUAGGCAUUCCAGUUUAAGCUCUAUUAUUUACUUCCUUAAUUUUCUUCACUUUACUUACUUCCCUCCUUGAAGCCAAAAUGGCCAAUGCUAAGGCUCUUUCCAUCCUUCUAUUGACUCUCCUUGCUCUUUCCAUGCUUGCUACUGGGGUUUUGGCUAGCAGUUCUUAUGGACCCGGAAGUUUGAAGUCUUCACAAUGCUUGGGUCAAUGUACAAGAAGAUGUUCAAAGACUCAAUACCACAAACCAUGCAUGUUCUUCUGCCAAAAAUGCUGCAGGAAAUGCCUGUGUGUCCCACCAGGCUUCUACGGUAACAAGCAAGUUUGCCCUUGCUACAACAACUGGAAGACUAAGGAGGGUGGUCCUAAAUGUCCUUAAUUUUUACUCUUUAUUUAUUUAAUAUAUUCUCCUUCUAAUUACCAUUUUUAGUUCAUUGUAAUGGGAGAUUAAUCAAGGUGUUACCGCUACUAUUAGUUUAAUACUACUAUAUCUAAUAAUAUAAUCUAAUAAUAUACAUAUUAGAACUAAAAAGCUAUGCUUCUUGAUAAAUAAGAAGAACGAUAACGUUAGUAGGUUGAGGCUGAUAUUUUUAGCCGUUCUACCUGUCUUAAUUAGUUGCUAUAUGUUGUACAAGAAAUAUAAUUUUUAUCUAAUU